GAAAAUUACUUUAAAACAUUUAAAACCCCAAUUGAGUUGAUGUAUUGCUUGUAUAUUCCAUAAUUUCAUCAUUUAAUUAAGAAGUACUAACCAACUUCUAGGAUUCUUAGAUGCGGAUCUGUUCUAAAUUUGUGCUAUUAUUUUUUUUAAAUUACCCAUAAUAUUAAAUAUUAUGACCUAAAAUAUAUCAAGAAAUACAAUAGAAACCAGCAAACGUUUCGAUGCACCAACGUAGAUAAAAUAACAUAUUUCAAAUAGACAAAAUGAAAAUUGUAUGUACCCUAAUAAGAAUUUUUUCGUUAAAUGUUUUGGUAGCUCAAAUGGAUGAAUAUGUUAAGCAGGUUAUCAUCACAAACUUACACAUCCGGCAAGUUGCAGGUCGAUUUCCGACAAUAAUUAAAAACAUUGUUCUGAAAAAUUAUACGAUGGAGCAAAUGGCUAUGAUGAUAGCAGUGCCAGAAAGAGAAACUAUGAACAUGACGCGUUCCCUAAUGCUAGACUGCCAGAUUCAUAUGCAAACAGAAAUAACUACCGAAACAGGUAUCCGUGCACCUGAGAUAAACGAAAGAUAUUUUAAAGACGUUAGUCUACCAGAACUAGGACUCAAUAGAAGAGAUGUAUCUAGACCAGCUAUAAAAGCUUUAAUCCGCGUUAUACUACGUGGAGAUAAUCAAGAUUUCAAACAUUUUUCUGCAAUGUGUCGUUUAAUAGGUUUGUACAAAAGUAUAAUAGUUCCAAGUUCUUAUGUACAAAGUACUAUUAUCUAUAAUGGAGUUUGUCUUCUAAUAUCGGAAAACGGUUCUUGUCGGUUCAGAUACAAAACGGUAUUUGGCCAUAUUUCUGAAGUAGACGAGAUCGGUAAUGUAAUUGAGCUACUUUAUUAUCAAGUACAAUAGUAUGGACCAGGAAUUAUAAGGAUGACUUAUUGUUUAGUAUUAGGAUUAUUAUAUAACACUACAUAACUUUGCAUACCGCAGUAAUAUUCAAAUUGUCAGUAAAUUGUAAGAAUUUAAUAAAAAAACAGUUUUAAUCACGAU